UGGCAACAAAAAAACAGAGCCUCUCGGAUAGGUUCCAGCAUACCCGCGACUCUGGUGAGGAUAAGCGGCAUAGAAGAUUGAUGGAUAGAUGGAUGGAUAGAUAAUUACGUGUGGUUAACAUUAAGGGGGAGUGUGCUUGUCGUGCCCCCAUCAAAGAGGACUUUUUCGUCCGACCGUCCUUCCUUCCUUCCUUCCUCACCGCGGUCACGCUGUCGUUAGCAGCCGGCUCCCAAGUUCUGACAAGCCUGCCAAAACAUGAAGAUCUGGGCGUCAGAGCACAUUUUCAACCAUCCAUGGGAGACCGUGACCAAGGCGGCCAUGCAGAAGUACCCCAACCCCAUGAACCCCAGUGUGUUUGGCGUGGACGUUCUGGACAGAAAUGUGGACAAAGAUGGACGGUUACACAGUAAAAGACUGCUGAGCACAGAGUGGGGUCUCCCCGCCAUUGCAAAAUCUAUCAUUGGAGUAACAAGAACACACACCUAUGUCCAAGAACACUCAGUAGUGGACCCCCACCAAAAGAUCUUUGAGCUCAAGUCUACAAACAUCUCCUUCACCAACUUGGUGUCUGUGGAUGAGAAGUUGACAUACAAGCCACAUCCGCAGGACCCUGACAAGACUGUGCUGACCCAGGAGGCUCUGAUCAGCGUGAAAGGUGUCAGCCUGAGCAGCUACUUGGAGGGUCUCAUGGCCAACACCAUCUCUGUCAACGCUGGCAAGGGACGUGAGGCAAUGGAGUGGGUCAUCCGGCGGUUGAACACAGAAAUCGAGGAGCUGGCAGCGACGGCGCGCAGCACCAUGCGUGUAUCCAUGGCGGCGGCCGUGACGGACGAAUGAUAGCGGGUCUCCUCCAUCAUGAACUGACGCACUUGGUUCCCUCAUCGUCCAGGGGGAGCUCACCUCAUCUGCCAGUAAAGCCUAAUGCCACAGCCUAGCCCCACUUUAUGCCCUUUUACUUCUAUUUGUCUUUUCUUGUCGUUCUACCUUUUCCACCCUUGACAUCCCAGCUUCUUUGUGGGACAUUUUGGCAGGUCCACACAAGAAAAUGCGAGGAUGGACUAAUUUUACCUCGUUGGACUGUGUAAGUGUGAAUGUUCUUGACCUUAGACAGUAUCUUUGUGUGGCAACACCCUUGCCGGACAUUUUGGUGGUUCACACAAGAAAAAUGCGAGAAUGAGUUCCUUUUAUUCUACUGUAUGUGUGUGUGCAUGCGUCUGCUGUUGUCUUUCUGCCUUUGUAUGGCACCACCCUGGACAUCUUACCUUUUUAAUAAGCUCCUACUCAUAUUUUUCUGGUGUGGACCUGCCAAAAUGGCCACGUAAAGAAAAAUGUUGGCACAAUAAAUAUAUGAUGGCAAGGGUGGUGCCAAAUAUACAAAGACAACAGUACACACACACACACACAAAUAGUGUAAUUGGUGCUCAUCCUUGCAUUUUUCUUAUGUGGUCCAGCCAAAAUGUCCCCACACAGGCCAAUGUCCACAAUACUAACAGUGGAAUGCUGCACAAAGAAAGACAAGCCAGUGUUUGUGCCACUUUUCUCACUCCUGGAGUAAGGAUGUAAAUAAGCACGGUAAAACCCAAUCAUCCAUCCAUUUUCUAUGCCACUUGUCCUAGGGUUCAGGGGUAUGUUGGAGCCUAUCCCAGCUACACCUUGGACUGGUCGGCACUAUAAAACAUCCCAUUUAAAAGUCACGUUCUUUGUACGUCUCUUGUGUGGUCAGGAGAGGCUGUUUUCUUUUAACGUCAGCUGACCUCAUUCUACUGAGCGUUUGCAACUUAUCCUAACAUUGUCCUUUUUACUUUGGAUGCCUAUUGUACUUUGUUAGCUUGACUUCUCGCUAUCUUUUAUUCUGCAGUGCCGCUCACUCAAGCAUCGAGAGCGGCCAUUUUGAAUGUAAAAAUGUGGCAGGAAGGAUUCUAAAUAGCCACGUUUUAGUUUGUUCGGGGUGCCGUUGAAUGUGCCAACAUUACAGGUAUGUGUCAUGCUCGUUUCAUUUAUUUCGCAGCUGUCCUGCCCCAAAAUGAUUCAACACUCCCAUUGUAAAUUGUAACUGCAACUUAUUAAAGAACAAUUUCAAAAGCUCCAUAUUUAUUGUAAGUGGCCAUGAAUUGAAAGUCAGUAUUACAUUUACAGUGUGGGGGUUGAAUCGUUUUCCAGGUGCAGCUGCAUGUUACCCACCCAUCCAUCCAUGCAGUAUCUCCUUUAAUAAACUGAUGUUUCUCUUAUGAGAAGCAUUUUAAGACCCGGGGCUGUGAAUAGGUUUAUAUUUAUAUUGUCAUGGUGUUACAUUCCACGAAUGUCAACCUGUAACUAAAAAAAAAAAAAAAAAGAAUGCACAAAUGUGAAUAAUAAACCUGUCAUUGUUUCA